UGUCGCGGGCGGCGGCGGGACGAUGCGCGAGUACAAAGUGGUGGUGCUGGGCUCGGGCGGGGUGGGCAAGUCCGCCCUGACCGUGCAGUUCGUGACCGGCACCUUCAUCGAGAAGUACGACCCCACCAUCGAGGACUUCUACCGCAAGGAGAUCGAGGUGGACUCGUCGCCGUCGGUGCUGGAGAUCCUGGACACGGCGGGCACCGAGCAGUUCGCGUCCAUGCGGGACCUGUACAUCAAGAACGGCCAGGGCUUCAUCCUGGUCUACAGCCUGGUCAACCAGCAGAGCUUCCAGGACAUCAAGCCCAUGCGCGACCAGAUCAUCCGAGUGAAGCGAUAUGAGAAAGUGCCAGUCAUCUUGGUUGGGAACAAAGUAGACCUGGAGAGUGAGCGAGAAGUAUCGUCCAAUGAAGGCAGAGCCCUUGCCGAAGAGUGGGGCUGCCCAUUUAUGGAGACUUCCGCUAAGAGUAAAACAAUGGUGGAUGAACUCUUUGCAGAAAUUGUGAGACAGAUGAACUAUGCUGCUCAGCCUGACAAAGAUGAUCCAUGCUGUUCUGCCUGUAACAUACAAUAGCAUCCAAGUCCAGCUGUAUCCUAGGCGAUAGAAACCUCGUCUGCCGACUGCAGAGUUUGCAGUAUGGGUGGUGUGAAUCUACAGCGCACAGCAGCCCGUAUUCAGAAGUGACAGUGGUUGUCAGUUGAUACCUCUGAGUACCAUUUGGGUCCAAAAGCUGUAGUUUUCACCACUGUCCUCAGUCUCCUUACGCAUCUGCAACUUGAAGGCGUAGCCCAUCAGUCUACAGGGUGACCUCACUUGAAAGUGAUGCUGUUGUUGCUGAGUUGACAGAAGCAGCAAAUACAUAAAAUAAUCAUGAGGGAGAAACCAGAAGAAUUCUCAUGACCACUUACAAUUAAAAUAUUUUGUCUUCUUAAAAAAAAAUUAAGUAAAGGAGAAUAUUUUCCUAAGAGAGUACUGAGUUUCAGGACUUGGUGUAGAGCUUCUAACCAAUGUAUUCCAUCAAGUAAGAUAACAACUAACCUGUCAGUAGCAUUGCAGGGAGGGAGUCUGCUCAGCUGACAAGGUUCUGUUUUGCAAAAUUGAUGCUUAAUUGUAAAUGAUAUCCUAAUUUGUGACACGGAACUAACUCACACAUCAGUCUUUGAUCAAACAAAAGUACAGGUUCUAUAAAAACACAAUCUGGCUUUUGAAUUUGUUAAAUCACCUGCUUUGCCACAGGAAAUGGAGGCUCUUACAAGGGUUGGAUCAGAAUUAAAACCCCAAACCCACCCUCUGUUAACCAAGCAGGGAUGGUCUGCAUUACUUUACCCAACAAGAAGGAAGCAACUGUAAUGGGAAGAGAUUGCCUCGCCUUACUAACAAGCAUUCUAGUCAAUUAGCUAGUACCAUCAUGUAAGGAAAAUGAAGCCAUGUUGCAUCCACGUGUUCCUGUCUGCAGAAACUUCACAGGACAGUACAAAUUCCUGGCACUUUUACGUCCAUUAAAGCAGCAAAUUCCUUGCCUUUAAGGGCUAUGGUUGUGGCGUGACCCUUGGCUAACAGGCUGUGAAAAUCCAGUUUGCUGUAGCAGAGCUUUCUAACAGGCAUUUAAAAAAAAAAAAAAAUGGAAUAACCAUGUGAAAUAAUUCCGGCUUAAAAAUAGAACAUAAAUUACAGAGUAGAAGGUAAGGGACAAAAAGCCUUUUAUCUUUAAUUUUCCUGGAGAAUUACAUAAAGGUUUUCAUAUAACGCUUUUGCCCUGAUUACUGAAGUGGCAAGUAAAACUAGAGUGAAUAUUUUGUUCUGAAAAGGUGCUCAAGCUCUGGUAUUUUUGGUUUUCAUAGCUGUGAAGUAUUUAUCAUUUGCAUGACUGAUAGCACAGGAAAAACCUAUUCAUAAGUUUUACAGUCAAGUGUAGAAGGGUUUUCAACUAACUUUGGAGUUUUUAAAUGCUGACGAGAUUAUCUUGAGCUGGGCCACUGGAGAUAAAUUUGGCCUUCAGAACUGCUAUAUCACUGAGCCUGAGAUCUACAUACCACCCCAAAUUUUCUUGGUUUCACAGUCUUGUGCAAGUAACCGUAUGUCUUACGUGUGUAACUGAGAGAAGAGUGUAUGUUGUGUGUGCAUGUGUGUUUACAAUUCCUAAGAAUUUGGCACAAGUUGGAAAUAUUUGCCUAUACUGAGAAUCUAUACUGCAGAAUAUAGUGUAUCAAAGACUUUUUCUUUUAAAUUAUUUGAGUGUCUUUUAUACAUUAUUGAAAUCAUUGGUAGCCCACCCCCCCCAAAGUGCUUAAUAGCUGGCAUUAAGGUUAGAGGAUAGGAAAAAAGCUGGAUAGUAUUUUUCAUAGAUAAGGAAGCUAAAGAAAUUAAAGCCAGGCCAUGGCUAUCAAGAAUGUUUCCAUUGUGAAUAUUUCCAUGCUUUGGUAUAAUUUUUUAUAAUCCUCAUUUAUGAAGCUCCUUGUGUAAAAGAAAGUUUUAACCAACUUUAUUGAAAAUAUAUUUGACUAUAUAAAAGUUGAUUUGACUCAAAUGCAGGGAAAUCAAAGAUUCAAGAAGUAUAGUUUACUGAAAUAGGAAAUAUUCAUUAGUGAAUUGGUGGGGUUUUGAAGCUUCUAACUUCCCAGACUGAUUCUGGUUUAUGAGAAUUCUAUAAUUAAUAGCAAUUUAUGCCAACUAAGAUUGCAUAUUAGAAGCACCUAUGAAAAUUCUGCAGUUUUACAUUUUGGAUUGCUAUGCAGAAGUUAAAAAUAGGUUAAAAAUGUGAAAGACUUAGCAAAAUGUAAGCUGGAAAAGAUUAUAAAUUUUGGAUUUUAGUUAAAAAUGUUUCUAUCAGAUACUAAGGUGGGCUUUUACUGUACAGAUGUUAGUAAUAACUGAUUUGGCUACCUGAUCAGUGUUCCCAUAUAGCCCUACACAUUUUGUGACAAGACAUCAAAGAUUUCCGAAACCUGGACAUUAGUCCACCUGUGCUCUUAUUAUUGGUAUUCAUUUGGUAUGAACAUAACUCAGUUUGAAUGAAUGUGUCUGUUGAGAUGGUAAUUAAAAGCUUAACAAUGGGAAGAUUGCAUUUGUUGUCACAAGAAAUACUAGUGGCUAUAGAGUAAAGUUGGUGACCUUGGGUCACUAUUCUAUGCCCUGAUCAGACUAGCAGCUAGAUAGGUGAGUUUGAAUUUCUAACAUGCCUUAAAAAUAUUAUGGUUUGAUCCAAAGACCCACUUUUUCUUUAGCUACCGUGAUAAGGUUUUCUUUUAUUUUUAUACAAAAGCAGCAUUUUUUUAAGUUGUUUUCUUUCAAUGUUGCAACUUUUGGUUUUUUCAGCUGUGAUACUGAUGGUAACUCUGCCUUUCAUUUUGUUGAACUUUUAAAAGAAAACCAGCCAGCAUCUGAUCAAAAGUGUUACGUAAAAUCUUUUCUUAAACUAUUGGAGGGUGCUUCGGUGAUUUUUCUCUUUUAGUUUGUAGUUAGGACUGAGUUUCACCUCUGAUCACUACAGUUGCCAUCACUUUUCUGUGUUUAAAACUACUGAUAUUUGCUUUCCUAUAUGAGGAAAUGUUACCUAAGGAUGUCUGGCAUUUGCUUUCAGGGUUUUCCAGUUUGAGUGUUCUCCGUGUCCGUAUGAAGAUAAUUGUUUUGUGUGCUGCUGUUGAGUUUUUGUUUGUCUUGUUUUUCAGUUUUUUUGUUCUCAGUAGUUUUGUGUUAGCACUGGUUAAGCUUAAUUGUCUCCUUAGCCAAUGAAAUGUUAAAGACUAUGGGGGUCUUUUUUUUUUUUUUUUUUUUUUAACAUGUCAUUGUGCAUCUGUUAAAUCUUGAUCAGGGUUUCAAGAAUGACUGCAGUGGGUUUUGGAAACAAACUUAACAUUAUUGAUUUGGGGUUUCCCAGAGAUAUAGUUCACAGUUAAUUGUUGAGCUCUAAUACAACUGACCAUUUAAAAUUGAACAACAGCUUAUUGUUUUGUAACAGUGUCAGUUGUUAAAUCUUGACAUUUCAAUUAAAACAUGAAUUGUAGUUAUAACUCAAUGCAAAUUCAACAGUUGUAUUUGGAGUUAAAUUAUU